AUGGCUUUUGACAAUAGGGCGCAGUCCAUGGACGACUUGUUCGAUUUUGGUGAGGCGGCGAUGCCCGAUGUUCCCCUCAUCCAUGACAACGACAAUCUGGACCUCCAGCCUCCCGUCGGCGCCUGUCUUUUGCAUCCCCACGACGAUGGCUGUCCUUGCAAUGGGAGAUCAGCCAGCCAGGUUGACUUGUCCGAGCCGCUGGUCGAAGAGUCGACUGACUUCUUGGCUACCAACGACCUGACCAAUGACUGGACUAUGAACUUCUCCAACUACAUCUCCCGAUACCACAAGCCCGAGAACCCUUGCGACUAUUGCCGCCUCCGACACCUCGACUGCUUCUUGACUUUCGAAGGCCAGACGGGAUGCUCGCCGUGCAACGCGCUGUUCAGGACGUGCAGCUUCGACAUUCCGGCACAGCAGCGCAAGCCUCGCAACAUGAUCGACACGCUACACCAAGUGUCCGAAGACGUGUGCCAGGAGUUCGGUGCCCUCACCAGCACCAAGACCAUGGUCGGCAUCAAGACGGACGAGGAUCGUGCCGCGCGCAAGAGUGGCAUCAGGUUCUCGCGUGCCUCGGUCAAGAUCCUCACCGACUGGAUCGUCAGCCACAGCGACCACCCCUACCCCACCGAAGACGAAAAGGCCGAGCUGCGCCAACGGACUGGCCUGACGGAGAGCCAAGUCAACAACUGGCUGGCCAAUGCACGCCGGCGCAAGAAGCACAAGCCGAGGAGGCCCGCAUCGCCUAGCCUGCAGUCCAGCAGUGCCAUAGACAUCGCCCUGGAGAAGUCGUGGUCCGAGAAGAACCCCAUGGAAAGAUACUUGGAUUCUCCCCCUGACAACGAACCUGCGCCGUGGACGGCCAUUCAGAACGCCGUGCGGUCGACAACACCACCGCUUGAGGAAGAACGCUCGCGCAGCGGCCACACCAGCCGCCACGCGUCUACUGGCAGCUCUGGCCGCCCGUCCCGCAGGGCGCCGUCGACGGCCAGUCUGGAGAUUGCAUCCGUCAACUCUGGCUUGUCUAGCCAGGGCGAGUCGCUCGGGUCGGCGUGGUCGUACACGUCGCGCAACUCGCGGACCUCGGGCAACUCGUUUGGCUCCUUCGGAUCUUUUGGAUCCGUCAAUGGGGUUCGCAAGGAGAGACGUCGCCGCCGCCGGCCCGACAUCAAGAAGCAAGCGUCGGAGAACGACAAGAAGACGAAGCCGUUCCAGUGCACUUUCUGCACGGAUGCGUUCAAGAGCAAGUACGACUGGGCCAGGCACGAGAAGUCGCUUCACCUGAGCUUGGAGAAAUGGAUCUGCGCUCCGCUGGGCCCGGUCAUCACCUGCUCGGCCUCGGGCCAGAAGAAAUGCGUCUUCUGCGAUGCCAUCGACCCGAGCAAGGAGCAUCUCGAAACGCACAACUGGUCGGCCUGCGAGGAACGCAGCCCAGAGCAGCGCACUUUCUACAGGAAGGACCACCUGAGGCAGCACAUGCGACUGAUGCACAACUGCAAGCUGACACCGACCAUGGAGAGCUGGAAGAGCGAGACGCAGUAUAUCAAGAGCCGCUGCGGCUUCUGCCGGACCACUUUCGAGACUUGGCAAGAUCGAGUGGACCACUUGGCCAAGGAGUUCCGUAAUGGGGCUCAGAUGAAAGACUGGAAGGGAUGCCGUGGCUUCGAUCCCCAGGUUGCAUUGCUCAUCACCAACGCGAUGCCGCCCUAUCUCAUUGCAAACGAGGCAAAGAGCCCCAAUCCGUUCUCAGCGUCGCAGCCCGCGUCUCUGGCAUGGCACACGACGCUCCACCCGACCAUGAGCCCCGCAACUCGGUGGGACCAGGCAGCGGCAGGAGGCUUCUUCCAUGCAGAUAGGGACGGCCCACCGCCGGCUAGGAACACGACCUCAAACUCGAGUCUCAGCACACCACCGGAGCAUGAUAUGCAAGUUGAGCCGGGCACAAUCAACGCGACGUGUUGGGAGAUUCUGACGGUGCGGCUGGGCAAGUACGCCAAGCAGCAGCUGUUGCAGGGCGUGUAUCCAUCCGACGCGAUGCUGCAGCGAGAAGCCCGGCGGAUUCUAUACGACGCGGAUGACGGAUGGGAGCAGACGGCAGCAGACAACGCCGAGUGGCUGGAGCUAUUCAAGAAGGCGCAUGGGCUGGUGGGAGUGAGCCAGGACUUUGACGUAGUCGACACGCUCGAGGACCUGGGGAUGAUGGGAGACAUGACAGGCUAUCCCUUCACCACCGACGACUGGACGACCAACCCCGUGGCGCCGACAUGCUCCGACUCGAUGGGCGGGCCGCUGAAUCUGUGCCAUGCAAACAUGAUGCUUGGCGGGCCUGCGACGUGCUCGUGGGCGCCGGCCUCGAUGACUGCGACGACGGGCAUCACGACGGCGACGAGCGAGGGCAUAUUCGACAUGGAAGGCUUGCAGGGGCUGGAGGCGCUGAGCGCGCUGAGUUUUGAGCCCGAGCCGAGCCGCAGGCAGACGUGGAACGGCUUCCCGGGCAUUGUUCCAGACGGCGCGAGCAGCGCGCCUUAA